AUGGAGAGACUUCUUCUGACCAUCACCAUCAUCAUCGCUGGGGCAGGGCUGAGUGCUGUCUCAUCAGCUGCUGGACUUCAUUACUAUUUUGUUUAUGACAGGAAGAACUUUACUGAAGCCCAAAGAUACUGCAGAGAGAAACACACAGACCUGGUCACUGUAGACAGCAAGGAGGUUAUGAAGAUCCUGAACAACAAGGCAAAUUUAACCAAAAUGGUCUACUCCAAGAACAGAGCCUUGAUAGGACUGUACAAUGACCAUGUCCUGGGCAGCUGGAGGUGGUCUCUGUCAGACCCAAGUUUCUACAAACCCGGGGAGACGGAGUUCAGACGAUGGACAGCUGGACGACCAGACGCUGGAUACAGUGACAAGGUCUGCACAGACAUGCAUUCUGAUGGACUCUGGUACGACCAUGGUUGUGCCAUCAGCCAUUAUCCAGUCUGCGCAGAUGUCAAAGGAUCAGAUGUGACUUUUGUCUUCAUCAACACCACAAUGACCUGGCCUGAAGCCCAGAGUUACUGCAGAGAUCACCACACAGACCUGGCCAGUGUGAGAAAUGUGGCAGAGAACCAGAAGGUGCGUGAGGUGGCUGGAGGACAAUAUGCCCUUAUCGGCCUUUUCAGAGACUCCUGGAAUUGGUCAGAUGGAAGUACCUCCUCAUUCAGCUUCUGGAAGAAAGGGCAACCUGAUAACAAGAACGAGACUUGUGUGGCUGCAGACUUCAGCCAAUCAGGAGCCUGGGAGGACUGGUCCUGUGACAUGGAGAGAGCGUUCAUUUGCUACGGUCCAGUGGUUCCUGUUUCAAAGAAAGUGAUGAAAGUGAAGUUUGAGAACAAGAAGAAUCUGGAUCUGAAUGACCCUGCUGUGAUGGAGGCCAUGUUGAAGCAGCUGAAACAGAAGCUGAGGGCCCAGGGGCUGGACGACAACAUCAAGCUGAGCUGGAGGAAGCAGGCCGAUGGAAAAGUCUUCCACAAGGAAGACAAGAAGACCAACAAGAGGAGGAGGAAGAGGGAGGAGCUGUAAUGUUGAGUUGCUGCGUCUGGUUUCAUCAGAGAAAAGUCUGGUUCUUUGCAAGCAGAAAUACUAAAUAUAUUCACAGCUUCUAGCUUCUCAAAUAUGAAGAUUUGAUGCUUUUCUUUGUCAUAUUUGGUGAUAAACUUAAUAUAUUUCGGCUUCAGACUGUUAGAAUAAAACAAGACUUUACUAUUUAUCUGAUUUAUCAGCUUUGGGAAAUAUAAUCAACAUGUUUUACUGAUUUACUGUUUCUUCUUUAAAAUCUAUUUUAAUGAGAUAAAAUAUCUUUCUUUGUUUGAGAGUAAAGGGUUUUUCACACGGGGAGCGACCCUUGGCCUGCGUAGUCGCGUCAUGUGAUGGACAACGCUCCGCCAGUAAACACCAGGCGAUCAAUGUGUGGUAACCAUGGAGAUACUGUAUCCCUGCUGUACAACUGGAUGAGAUCAGCUGACUGUGGUUUCAUAUCUUCCUAAUCACAGGUGGAUUUAUAACACAUAGUGGUAAUCCUAGUCUUUCCUAACCACAGACCGUUAUUGUUGAUAGCUAAAGUUAGCUACAUUAGCAUAGUUAGCUACAUUAGCAUAGUCAUGAUUAUGGACGUCUUGUGCCGAUACUCUGACAAGCAGAAGCUCCGCUUUUGUUAAUAAAAUAUUUUCUUUUGACAGGCCUUAGGGCCUCAUUUGGACAAAUUCCUUACAGCGUGUGAUGAGUACGAACACGACAGAUUCACAGGGUUGUGCCCGCUUGUCGCGGCGCAUAAUUGAACCGAUUGUUUAUCAGGUUGGAGGUGGAGAUGUUUUAUUUUAAUUUGUUUAAAAUCUGGGUAAUAUUCUGUCUGCAGAUUCUGUGUGGCUCUGGUUAUUAGAGAUGCAAACUUUAAACAUUUCCCUAAAACUUGAUGUGACUGUAACAUCUUCCAGACAGAAACACUAAAUAUAUUCACAGCUUCUCAAACAUGAAGAUUUGAUGCUUUUCUUUUUUAUAUUUUAUCAUAAACUUAAUAUAUUUGGUUUUUAGACUAAUAGACUAAUACACUUAGAAUAAAACAAGACUUUAAAAUUUAUCUGAUUUAUCGUCUGUGGGGAAAUAUA